AUGGGGGCCGAACAGUCUGCGGUCGCGUCCCCAGGGGAAGGCCGCGGAGCUCGCGCGUCGUUUGCUUCUGCCUCUUCUCUCGGGGGAGGCGAGCAAGAAUACGCCUCCCCCAGGGAACAUCCGCGCAGCGAAGCGCAUGUCGGACAAGACGCACGAAGAUGCCGACGAGGAAGCGAAGAAGAGGCUGGGUCUCAGACGCGUGCCCCGCCGUCGCCGUCUGCUGCUUCGUCGGGGCGCCUGGGAGCGUACUUGCCUUCGGCCCUUUCACGGUCCGCGACGUGGGCGUCCUCGUUCCUGUGGAGGCGGCACGCGUCGUCCCUCUCGCCUCGCCAGGCGCACGAAGUGGAGACCGUCCCCUCUUGCGCUUGCCAGGGGAGCAUCGCCCACCCACCUGCCUCGCCUUCUGGGCCAGGCAGCCUUCCUGCCUCUUCUCAUAUCUUUUUCGCGCCUCGCCCUGGUGAGCCUCCGUACGCCGCGUCGGCCGCUUCAUCUGGAGAUGGGAGUUUGCGAACUCGGAGCGCGACGGUCACGCUUCCUCCCCACUUUUUGUUUCAGCCAGGAAGCAUCCGAGAAGCAAUUCUCCAACCUGGGGCUGCCCCAGAUUCCCUGCGCGAGAAACGGUUGUCCUUUUCUUCGUCCUCGGUGGACUCCCCCUACCAGACUGCUUCCUCUUCUGUACCUGCCUCCUCUCUUUCUUCCUCGCUUCCUUCUGCUUCGUUUGCGGACUCCUCGCAUGCGGAGCGAGGGGGGUCGGGAGGCCCGAAGCCGCCCCUUUCUGCGCCCGUGCAGCCCUCGUCCCGUCUGCCUGGUGGCUUGUACCCCACCCCUUCCUCGCUUCGCGGCGGACGCUCCGCACCGUCCUCUCAACCUGCCUUGCAGGCUCCGCACAUCCACUUUGGCGUGCACAUGCCGCAGCAGGUGACAGCCUCUCCGGAGGAUGCACUCGGGGAUAAGAGGGAGAGAGAGGAGACGCCAAGGUCGCCUGCGGCUGCCGCUCGCGCUGCGUUCCAGUCGAGUCGAGAGAGGGGGUCGGGAGACGACGCCCGCGCAGAGGGGAAAGAGGGAAGGAAGAGGUUCACGGAGCCCAGUCGCACUGGGGACACCGGAAGUCCCCGGUGUCCUCUCGGAGGCAAGGAGCUCAGAGACGCCCAAGACACGGGCGUCGCCACACCACCGUUUUCGUCUUCUUCCAUGCCUUCCUCGUCUUCCGUUUCUUCUUCGUCAGCUGUGGAAGAGGGAGAUGCGCCUGACGCCCGCAGCCUCCCCGCGGACCUGUCUCCAGGCCUGCCUCCGUCGCUCGCUUCUCACAAGGCAAAUCGUUGUGGCGACGAGGCCCCCGGUUCGGAGAAGCACGUGACGACCGAGGGCGGGAAGGAGACACAUCCCUGGACGGUGGUGCACGACUCCGAGGAAAAGCAAAAGGAAAGUCUGAGCCGGCGAGGCACCGCACUGCUCGACUUUUGGCAGGAGGAACAGGAGCGACUUGAAGACAAACUCGCCUUCAACAGAGGCGAGGCCCGCUGCCUCUACGUCGAGAAAGACGCCUUCGUCCCCGGGAUCCUCACGCUCGAGCGCGAGGCUCUAAAGUUUCGAAAAGCCGACGCUUCCCCGGGGAGCACCGGAAGGGCCGGAAUCGCCCCGUUCCUGUGCGUGAGCCUGACAGACGUUGUCGAGUGUGCCUGCGUGUGUCCCCCGCCUUCCGUCAACGAUGAGCUACCCUCGAGUCCGACUCCGUUUGCAAAAUCUCCGCUUCUGUGGCCAUCCGCUUCGGCCUCGGGUUGCUCCCUCGGCGAGACGGCGCGCCACGCAGACGAAGGUCUGUCUCCUUGCUCGAGUGGGGAAGGAGCGGGAAGGCGCGGGCGGAGUUUGGAGGCUCGCCAAGUGCCUGUCGCCCUCAGUCGACAGCCGACGGUCUUCAUCCAACUUCUCGUCACCACCUUGCACGGCCCCUCGCAACUGCCGGAGGAAUCCGCGAGAGGAGAGAGCGACGCAGGGGAAGGUGGCCAGACUGCGGCUGGGGAGAAGACAGCUGCAGAACAACAAAGUGCAGGGGCAUCAGAGACACACGGACCUCAGGCAGCAGAGGACGCAAAAAGGAGCGCGGCAGGAGAGGAACAACCCAAAGUUUCUGCCGCGAACACCGGAUUUUCCGCAUCAUUAACUGUCUCCAAUGGACCCUCUGCUCCGGUCGCCUCGGCGUACUGCACGCCUCUUUCCUCGCCUCUCUCUCCCCUCUCGUCGUUUGCUUCUUCCGAGCACCUCGCCGUCCCCCCUCCUUUGUCCUCAGGCGUCGCUCCGUCUUCUCUUCUCCCGGAGAGCACUGAAUGUGCAGCUGCGGACGGCGGCGGCAGUGCGGCCUCCGAGCAGGCGCACGCCCUUGCACUCCCUUCCUCUUCCCAGACUGGAGACGCCAAUGCCGCUUCCUCGGCGUUCGGAGAUCAUGAGAGAAAGGGACUUCUUCGUGCCGACCUCGUCGACUCGGUGCGGUCUUCCGAUGCUGACUCUGCUCGGCCACACGCCCCUGCAGCCGUUCUCGCCUCACGUGAGCCGGAGCACGUCUCCACUUCCUCGCAAGGUCACCAGCUCGCGUCGCUCUUUGUGUCUCCUCUCGCUGUCGCCGCUGAGUCGCGCGCAUCGUCGCCUUCGCCUCGGAAAGAACUGUCGUCCCUUUCACCCCCCACAGUCUCGUCGCCGUCGGCAGUGUCCGCCUCUCCAGCCUCCCCGCCGCCUACCUCGCCCUCGGCUUCUCUCCAGACCUCUCUGCGAGGCGGAGGCGACGGGGACCGCAACGCCGCCUCUCAGACGCCGCUGCCUGGCUCACACACUUCGUUCGCGCUCUCGCCCAUUCGGCUGCUCUCGCGCGGCGCUUCGGGCCUCGUGGACUUCUGGGCCAAGUGGAGGGGCCCGGAGGUUCUCCACGAGGCAGGCCAUCGCGUCGCCAAGACGACGGGCGAGGAAAGAAGGAGCGACGCAGAAGACAGGCGCUCCCCCCGCGCUCGCACCGACGCUAAGCGGGUGCGUGCGAAGCGCCCGCUGCCGCAGUUGGAAGGAAACACAGACGUCAAUUUCGUUCUCUUUGGGUUCUUCAACAAGGAGCUCGCUCAGGAGUUCACGCGGGCCAUCAUCAAGUUCGUUGACCACUGCCAGGAGACGCCGAACAAGCGUCGCGUCUCUUGCGGGACAGCGAAGCACCCCGGGAAAGAAAAGCGAGACAAGACCGAACGCACACGGGCUGCCGGUGCGGAAGAAGAGGCGAAAGAGGAGCUGAGAGCGUACUGGUGUCUGUUUGUGGCUGUGCAGGCAGAACAUCGAAACGUGCGAGUUGUUGCUACGCACAUUCCUUCGAAUUCCAACGUGCUCGUCGGGCGGUGGGCUGCAGAGUUUGCCCGUUCGGCCAUCUUCCAGGAGGACGACGAAGAUUUGGUGGCUCUCAGUUCGCCCUCGAACUCGCUCCAGAGCUUCGACAGCGUCGGGAGCGACGAGGCAGUCGGCGACAGUCAGCAUGGUGCAAGCUCUCGCGCGUCUCGUCGCUCGUCCGACGUGGCAGGCUCGCGGCCUCUCCGCACCGCGUCCUCUGCGUCGAUCGCUCUGCCUCGGCGGCCGCACUCACCGUCGCGUCACCCGCGUCUCCGCAGCGCAGGCUCUCCCGUGUCCGGGGAGGCGGAAGGAGACAGAGACAACAGAGACGCGGCCAAGGCGGUCUCUCCCUCUCUCUACCAGUUUCUCUUGAUGCAGUCUCGGCGAUCAGCUAGCGACGGGUGGCUUGGCGCCGCUGCCGACAGCGGUCAGUCGCCAUCCGCCGAGCGCGCGGGCGACAUCUUCUGCGCCGGCGAGCCCGAGCAGGAAGAGAUGACGAGGCCGCAGUCCUUUGGCAAGGGUUCAACGCUCACGCUGCCUCUGCCCGAUUUCGAUAUUCCUGAGGGCGCUCCGGCGCUCCUCUCCAACGCCGUCGUCUCGCAACUAGCUGUGCACCUUCCCCUGAUGCUGACGAUGAAAAGAUGGUCUCUCGCUUUCUGUCACAAAUUAAACGGCAUCUCCCUCAACACAUUCUACCGGAAGUGUUCCAACCGCGGUCCGUGCCUCUUGUUUUUGCAAGAUGCCCGGGGCAUCCUCUUCGGGGCGUUUCUGAGUGAGAUUCGCGAGUGCGCGAAAUACUACGGCUCAGCUGAGACGUUUGUCUUCACCUUCAAAGGCCCUGACGGAAAAAUGGAUCCCGAGCACCCGACGCUCCACGUCUACAGGUGGAGCAAGCUGAACAAUUAUUUCAUCUACACAGACCACGACGUGUUGGGAAUUGGAGGCGGAGGCCACUACGCCAUCUCUGUCGACAAGGAUUUGCUGCGAGGCUGCUCGUCCUGCUGUCUGACGUUCAAUUCGCCGGUGUUGUCGUCCUCCGAAGAUUUUAUUGUGAAGGCGUUCCAGGUGUGGGCGUUCGAAGAUUACUGA